AGCUCUCUUGUCUAUCUGCUCUUUCUCUCCCAUUUCCCCCUCUCUGCUUUUCUUUCGGUUUCUUCUUCUUCUUCUUUUCUUGUGCCUAAUCUCUACUCUGUUGGUGGUUUCUGCGCAAAGAAGAAGACUUCGUACCUAUACCGAAUAGAAUGAUUCUUUUCUUCUAGAGAGCUUUUCCUUUUGUUUCUUAUGUUUUUCUUAUUGUUUCGAUAGCAAAGAUAUAGCUUUUUUUCUUUGGUGGAAAACAGAGAGAAUAGCAGUACCAGAUGGCAUCAUCGGAAAACCUGGCGAGCAUCGAACCGUGGACGUUUCGUCCCCGCUUUGCUGAUUCCUGGAUCUCCGAAGCCUUUGCUCGCGAUACCGAAACUCUGACGAGAGCGCUCGAAAAGUCCAUCUCUAAUUCCUUCAGCAACUCAGAUUCCCUGUCCCCACUGCUGAACCUCAUCAACCCUAACACUUCGUCCACGGCCACGGCCACGGCCACGGCCACGCCCAGUGCUUCAAACGUUUCAGGCUCUGACCCUGAAACCGCACCCAAACGUAAGCGGACCACCAUCCCCCCUCCCACUGCCACUGGGAAAGUCUCCAAACGCAAGCCCCGCCCCUCUAAGCGCUCUCAGACCACCUUUAUAACGGCGGAUCCGGCCAAUUUCAGGCAGAUGGUGCAACAGGUGACCGGAGUCAGGUUUGGUAAUGCACAGAUGUCUCUGAGUCCGAUCCUGAAGCCAGAGCCGCAGAGACCCGGUAGCCGGUUGCCGAAUGGGGCGGGGCCUGGAUGCUUGCCUACGCUGGACACCUCGGCGUUCUUAUUGGAUCAUCAGCAGCAAUCUUCUGGGGCAGUUGUUGGGUCCAGUUUACUUCCGUUUCAGUCUUCUGUAGUGGAUGAGGGUGUAGCUUCCGCUGGGGCUACCCUAGAUUGUGACACUUUUCCUAGCUUUCCCACUCUAGAAUCCUGGAAAGUGUAGUUUUUUGUUAUUUAUUUCAAUUAUCAGUUGUAUCCCUUUUUUGGCUAGUACGUUUCUAGCGCAGGACAUGGGUGGAGCUGUUGGUUACUUGUAAUUUUUUUCUCUCACUCUCUCUAAUAUGGUAUAGUUUUCUUUUUUCUUGUC